UUGGCUUGCCUCCAUUGCCAACAAAAACUACCCUCUGGAUAAUGUUAUUUGAUGAGUAGACUUCAAUUUAUCGAGCCCGCUCUCGAUACGGAAAAUAUUAACGCGUUGUUAGUUUAAUAUUGUCGGGAAGUUAUGUUUUUUGUGAUGUUGAGGAUCGCGCGUAACUACUGGAUACCAUUUGACAAGACAUUUAACGCUAACGUUAGCAGCUAGCUCGGGCUAGCAGUCGUUGCUUGCGUGUUUGUUUCGCCAAGUUAGUUCCGUUGCAGCCACAUUAGUUCGCUACUGCACCGCACAUCAUCUGAUACAGUAGUUUUAACAACUCUUUGCGACCCCCAAAGCGCUUCAGAGAAUGCUGGCGACGGGAGCAGCUGUUACUAACGUGACAGCUCUGGCCCAGGUAGACCGGGAGAAGAUCUACCAGUGGAUCAAUGAGUUGUCCAGUCCGGAGACCAGAGAAAAUGCCUUGCUGGAGCUGAGCAAGAAGCGCGAGUCGGUGCCGGACCUGGCUCCCAUGCUGUGGCACUCCUGCGGCACCAUCGCGGCCCUGUUGCAGGAAAUAGUGAACAUAUAUCCAUCUAUAAACCCACCUACGCUUACAGCUCACCAGUCUAACCGAGUGUGCAAUGCCCUGGCACUACUGCAGUGUGUCGCCUCACACCCGGAGACCAGAUCGGCCUUCCUUGCUGCUCACAUCCCUCUUUUCCUUUACCCCUUCCUGCACACUGUGAGCAAAACACGUCCGUUUGAGUACCUGCGGCUCACCAGCCUCGGAGUCAUCGGUGCCCUCGUCAAGACCGACGAACAAGAAGUGAUUAACUUCCUCCUCACCACUGAAAUCAUCCCUCUGUGUCUCCGCAUCAUGGAAUCGGGGAGUGAGCUCUCCAAGACGGUUGCUACUUUCAUACUGCAGAAGAUUUUGUUGGAUGACACAGGGCUGGCCUAUAUAUGUCAGACGUAUGAGCGCUUCUCCCACGUAGCCAUGAUCCUUGGAAAAAUGGUGCUCCAGCUUUCUAAAGAACCGUCAGCUCGCCUGUUGAAGCACGUUGUCCGCUGCUACCUUCGCCUCUCAGACAAUCUCAGAGCCAGAGAAGCCCUGCGUCAGUGCCUGCCGGACCAGCUGAAGGACAGCACCUUCGCCCAGGUGCUGAAGGACGACACCACCACCAAGCGCUGGCUGGCACAGCUGGUGAAGAACCUGCAGGAGGGGCAGGUCACCGACGCCAGGGGCAUCCCGCUGGCGCCGCAGUGACGAGGACACGCGCGUGUAGUUUACAGCUGACACAGAAGGACUCUCGUCACGGUGUGGAUUUUGUAUUUUUUGCCCAAUGAGGCAGUAAGACGAAGGGAAGGACAUAAUGGAGAAAGAUUUGCGUUUGGGUCACACCAGUUGUUGUUUUAUUUUUCUUCUGCCAGUAUGUCGCCUCCACACAUCCACAAAUCUGUUUUUUAAGAGCCUGACUGAUACAUACAGAUGUUUGCGUAAAAUGUAAAACCAAUAGUGAUAUAUUGGCUUGUAUUUGUCUCUGACAUUGAUUUGCAAAACGAAAGAUAUGUCAGAGUAUAUUUUACUGUUUAAUAAAAUACCUCACUAUGAAAACGAUAAAGUGAUAACUUGGUAUGUUAAAAUGCAGCCUGUAAAUUGUUGAUUGCUGCAUUUCACCAUUUACCUGGAGGUCUGUCAGCAUAUCACUUCUGAUGUAUUGAUAGGCUGCUAUUGGUUAUUAACACCAGCAUCUCGGUCAGCUCUCGCUUUUCCCCGUUCAUCACUAACGUUCUGUAACAUUCCACUUCAAGUAGGAACAAGGAAUUUUUGCUUCUCGCAUUUCAAAUAAGACUUUUUUAAUCUUCUGA